AUGAGCUUGCACACAGUUAAUCGGGUAUGGUGCAAGAUUAUGAUACAGCGAUACCUGGGGGUCUGGCUGGACAACAAUCUAUCAGUAGAUCAGUUGUCCCUGGAACUCGUGGGUGGGAGUCUGGAGCUGGAGAAUCUAGACAUUAACACAAAGGCUGUCAGUGCCGGAUUAGCACAGGCCAGCGUACCAUUAAAAUUGGUCGAUGGGUAUGUUGGCAGGAUAAAGAUUGAAAUUCCAUGGGUGAAAAUCAUGGUUGACCCGACCAAAAUGUGCAUAGAAGAUCUGCAACUCACAUUUAGAGGAUCAGAAAUUAUCAAAAUGGAAGAUAUUGAAACUUUUGCCUCAAUGAUUGAAAGCGUUCUGAUGAGUCUCAGCACCGAUGACAUGGCCAGAAGUGUCCUCGAUGAGGUGACAAAAGAGAAUAGUCUUUCUUUGGACUUCCUGGGCACCGGAGAGACCGCCGACAGUUUUUCUGGAUUCAUUAACGCCGUCUACUCGAGGUUUUGUCUGACUAUCAAAAAUUUGACACUUCGAUUCGAAAACGAGCCGAAGGACAAAUCGGAGAUGGCGACAGCCGUCGAGAUUCACGUGCAGAUGAUUACGUUCAUGGAUGAGCAGAUGCGCUCUUGUGAGAUGGACAACACUAAUGCCACCGACUUAGUUACCACUCAACCACAUGGUGUGGGGACGUCCACCAAUUUGAAUAAGAACCUCACAUUCCACGGUAAGCAUAUGGGAGGGGUCAGAAUGACAAAUCGGAGUCUCCAUCCACACAGACGUCUUCUCGCAAAUCGACAAGAUGGAAUGGGUGCUGACGAAGACGUUCUUAUCACUAGCAUGCACAUCAGAAGAGAAAAGGCCAAACAGAUGUCACCAACCAAGUCUGCUCAAAACUCUCUACAUCCAGAAAUGUUCAUGUCAGCCAUGAGUGAUAUGGAUGCUUUUCACUCGUGUUACGAUAAGUUGACCCAAGACUGCCCUCCGAGUCAGUUAGAAACGAUAAGAACGGCACCGAUGGAACCAGAGCUGUUUUCAAAUCCCAUAAAAUGUGCCGAGGUUAUUGGCGAUGUAUCGUGCGUAUUUAGGAUAAAGAACGCUGCUGAUAACGUCAACGUGGCAGAUAUAGAGGAAUCCAAGAUUGAAACAGAUAUUUUUGUUAAAGGAAUCAAUGUUUUUGCGACUUCCUCUCAACUUGAUAUUGUAAAAAGAUUCUUUGCUUCGUUCACCGCUCCAAAAGAAAUUGUCAUCACGGAGCAAGGGAAGCCAAUGAACAAAGAAGACUAUGAGAACAUGGCCAAGAAUAUGGAACCAAAUCAGAGUACUGAGAUCCCGAUUCCAACUUUCGGAGGUAAUUGGAAUGCAGGAGAAGAGUUUCGAGAAUUCGAAGAUGUCAAGUCACUGAAGAAGGAAAAAGAAAAGAUUGAGAAGGAGAAGUUCAAAAGUUUGAGAGCCAAUGCGAAUAUCAGAGAAGAAUUCACAGUGAAAACGCACAUUGGAACUUUUCUGAUGUACAUUCCACACUGUGACUUUCUCUCCGCAGAUUACGCCAAAGAACAUGGUGGAAGUGCAACAGCUCUGAGCAUUCUUCAAGCAGAAUCUAGCAAGUUUUUCAACGCACUCAAUGGAUACUCUUUUCUCGCCAAACACGGACUUGCCACGAUUCGGGAAGCUGCGAAUGCCUUCUACCCAAAAGACCAUCUUCGAAUCGUCGGAGGAUCACUGGACGUAACAUCCAGCAGUCAGAGAAUUGGAGGAAUCGCCACUUUCUCUUGUCGUGUCAUCGCUAACCAUUUUGAUAUAUUGGAAUACCUCACACCAGAAAGUGCACCUGGAAGUGACGGACCGAUGAGCAUCAACAUUCUCGACUACUCCAAUCAAGAGAAUGCUGAGAAUGAUCCAAACUUCAAGUUGAUUCUAAGGAAGUCAUCUGAGAAUAAGGCAGAAACCAAACUUGAAGUUCUACUUGGAGCUGUCAAGACAGAGCUGGACCUAUCCAUUAUCGACCGCAUCUCCAAUCUAAUCGUUUGCCGGCCGUUCUUUGACGAGGCAUCAAAGCAGGGUGGACGAAGAGACAAAGUGCCGCAACUGAAGGACGACCUCUACGCAGAUGCAGCAGGAGACGAGAGCGUGAACGCGAAGACCCUCUUCAACCUGAGAUGUCCGAGCUGGCAGGUGGAUCUACGAAUUCCAAAAGCAGAUUUGAGAGACCCCACUGGAUCACGUCUCCCAUUCUCACAACGACAUGUACACAAUGAAUAUCUUGCUUUGGGAAUCAAAGAAAUUGAUGUUUCGAUCCCGAUUGGAAAAGAAGUUCCGUUCAUCGAAAUUCUGUGCUCCGAGCUGUAUGGAGAUUUCUGUGGAGAAGGCCUCUGCAUACCACCAGAACAAAAAAGGAUUCUGUAUGCAUCCAAAAGUGGAUUUGACAAGAUCAACUUGACAAUGAAGUUCGCUGGAAAUCCAGAUAAAGACCGGAAUGGAGAGAGAACCAAUUCUUCGUCAAGUGCUGUGCCGGAUAUUAUGAUGAAAUCCAUCUCAGCUGAUAUUAUGAUGUCUCAUCCUAAAAAAGAAGGCCCGUUUUCCAAAACACCAAGAGCUUAUUGCUCUCAUGAUGGCGGGGAAAAGGAAGAAAUUAUCCAGGCUGGCUCUCGCAAAGAAAUUCUUGCCUUCCAACAAGAGUGUGAAAAGUUUGCCUCCACGUUCCUUCUCUUCACAAUUCCAACUCUCAAACUUCAUAUUCCCGAAAAAGGGCAUUUGGAGGUGCUUUACAACAGAUUCGUAAACGACUUGGCACUCUUCCAACCUGCGGCACCAGCUUUCCGACCCAAAACCGUGGAAGAAGCUACUGGCCAACCAACAGAGUCAUUCCAAGAAUGCGUAUCGCCAAAGACUUACGCAGAGAGCGAACAUUCUGACUUGGAAGAUGACGUGAUGACGGUGAAAGAUGAGACGGAAGGGUUUGAAUUCAAUAGAGAUGUUCGACACACUUUCGUGUUGACAAUGAACGCCAACAGAUGUGCAAUUCUGUGCAAUACUGCUGUGAAAGAUGAAGAAAAAGCUCCGGAAGCCUCGCAAGUUGCUCUCGAUCUCGACAAAGUACACUUCGGAACAACUGCCGGUUACCAUGGAGACAUCAACCACACGUAUUUCCACUUCACAUCUUCAAAAGCAGCAGUUGGAAGUGUUUGCACAACGAGGGGACAGCGAAUUCCAAAUGUCAUCACUGCUAAGGACUUUGGAAAAUGGUCGAAAGAUUUCAAUCAGCUUGAACAUGUUCCACCAACCGAUGAGUUGAGUUCGGGAUCCACUGAAGACGCAUUCGCCGUGGCCCUUCAUAUGAGCUUCAAACCAGACAUCAAUGUUAAGGAUGUGCUUCUAGGAAUUGCAAUUCGCAACUCGCUACUUCAAGCUAGACCCAUCAAGAACUGGGGAGCAUUCUGGAUUACCCAAUUGGCAGAUCUCUUCACUCUUCAAGACUACGCAAUCCCUGGAUAUGUUCUCCCGACUAUCACAACUGAUCUUCAUAUUUGUUUGGAAAAUGAUAUUAUUGGAUACGAUCACUCAUGGAUAAUUCCGAGCAGCAAACUGAAACUUCGUGCUGCUCUUGGACAUUGCAACCUGGCCAGUUGUAUUGUGUCGGAUAUGAGCAUUUCCAAGACACUUUGCAUUUUUGAACACUGCCGCUUGUACAUGAGCCAUGAUUCGGUCAAGGAUGCUGUUCGAUUUGAAGGUUAUUGUGCACCAAGAGCUCCAACGAAAAAGUUCAUGCCAUUCCUUGAAUUCGGAUCACUUCAGUUGGAUAUUCUCUUUGCUGUCGGAAACGAAACCGGUCCAAAAACCACACCAGCGUUUGAAAUCCGAUGUCAAAACGACAUCAUAAACGCUUGGGCAUGCGCCGAUUCUCUCGCAACCUUCAUUCAAACAAUCAUGGAAUAUACCAGUCACGAACAGGUUCCGACGGAAACACCGGAAGACGGAAGUUUGAGAGAAUCAUUGAACUCAAUGAAGAAUGACGACAUUACCAAGAGUGUAGCCACUGAAUCGGUUUGGAGUGAUGCGUCGACCGGCAGUAAGCAUGUUCAAAAAAUGGCGGUGGGGAUGGACUUGCCAAACAAUGUGAGUAAGCGAAUGCAAGCAAUGAUUCUGGAAGCUGCGGUAGAAAACGAAGAAGGUGCAGGUAUAGCUAUUGGAGAAGACGCAGUCAAGGAGUUUGCAAUGAAUGAAAAGAAACCAACAACAAGUUCUAAGAGUAAAAAGAAGAAGACUGAAAACUUUGAGCAAAUGGUUCCAAUGGAUUUCGCAAUCACAGAUGAAGAGUUUUGCAUGGUGGAUGACAACGUCUUUGGAUCUGGAAUCACUACUCUACCAGGAGAAUCUCGUGUGAGACCAAUGCCAGGUCCCGACUCAUCUGAUGAGCCACCAAUCAAAGUUGACUUCUUCCAAUGCAUCGAAGAAUCCGGAAACGAUGGUCUCUAUCAAACAAUGUCAGCUGAUGACUUGACUCCUGCUCUUCGCUACUUCUUGAAGGAUGUUACUCUACGCCUCAGUUUGUAUGCUGGAAACGAUUUGUCGACUGCUCCAUCCCCACUUCGAACCUACUGCACCGAAGAAUACCGCAAUGGAUAUGGACCGGAGCAGAAAAUUGAGCCAAAUUCUGCUGGAGGACCAAAUCGUGAUCACUCUGCAUUUGUCGUUUUGGAGUUAAGCAAGAUUACCUAUUUAAAGCAAGUGUUUGAGAAGACUGCCCCACAACUCUCCACAACUCUCUUCCAAAUUGGUGAUGUGGUCAUUAAGGACUGUGUCAGAGCAAGCACAAUUCAAGAAAUGCUCUAUCAAUAUUCAGCCACCAGCCAACCUAGAAGAAGCAGUGCUCCGAUCUUCAGUGUCCGAAUGACUGAAAGUCAAGCAAAGGAAGGAAAAAUGAGAGUGUCAAUGCUUCCAAUCAAGAUCAAUGUCGAUCAGGACACAUUGGAAUUUCUCAGCGACUUCUUUGAAGAAACAUCUAGACAUCUUGAUCUACCAAAAGGAAAAACCAACAUUCCACUUGUUCAACGACCAGUCAUUGAGGUUCCAGCAGAAUCAAACUCCAGAAGAACUUCGCCAAAGACGUCAGUUUCUUCAUCGGAAGGAGAUGUGACCAGAAUGUAUCCAAGUCUUCCGGAACCAUCACUCACAUCAGAACCUCUUCGACCAUCACCAGUUCACCCAGCUACUCCGUUAGGCGAUCUCUCCUACCUUGAAAAAAUCUCAUCCAAUCAUCAGUCACCCGUUAAAAGGCCUAUUAUUGAUGCUCCAUUAACCACUUCAGCUAUGUCUAUCGGCAAAAUGUUUGAUACUCCAAGAGUCUACGACGAUGAAGAGGAGGAAGAUGAAGUAGAUCCAAUUCAAAUAGAGAGAACGGGAGAAUACAAACUAUUUAAUGAAGAACUUCGUCAAUUAAAUGAAAUAGAGAAGUCGCCAGCGGAUACGUUGUUCUGUGCAGAUUACUCUUCAUCUGAAUCUAGCGAAGAUGACAAUAAUGACGACAACAACAUUCCAAAGUUCUCAAACAAACUACACGAAUUCGUCGACCCGUCACACCCAGCUGAUCUCUCCGAUCUCGCCGGCGACUGGGCGGAAGAAGAUACACCAACCUUCACUGCGCAUCUAUCAGAUCAGUAUCACAAUGCUCCUAUAAUGCCAUGCAGAGCUACUGAGAAAUACUGUCAGCGACCGGAGGAAUUAGAACAUUUAGACUUGUAUGAAGAUUCAGAGUCUGGAAAAGGAUCAUCCAUCUCCACAGGAGCUGCCAGUUCAAUCAAGCCACGAAACAAGAAAGAGCUAUCACCACUUAAGAUGCCACCUCAACCAAUCUCCCAUGAAGAUAUUUUGAUGCGAUCCACCAUGAUGGGCUCCAUUCAUCCAACUCAUAGUGUACACAAUUUAGUGGACACUGGGGACGAUAUGGACGAGCAUAGUAACUUCCUGGAUAGCCUCGACGAUGAUGAUGAUCAAGAAAAGCAGAAAGUUGAGCAGGAGUUGGAAGAGGAUCAGAAGAAAGAAGAGGAAGAAAGAAGCAAAGAAAUCGAAGCUGCCGUUGAACGUGGAGAAACCUUCUUCAAGCAAUUCGUCUUCUCACCAGAAGUGAACAUUUAUGUUGACUAUCAAGGAAAACGAAAGAUCGCUAUGGAGAAGCAAGGCGCUCUGGUCGGCCUUCUAAUGGCUUUCGGACAGCUCAACCAAAUGCCAAUCACUCUUCGAAAGAUCGACACCAGAACAGGACUUCUUGGAAGCGGACGAUGCAUGCAGCACGCCGUCAGUGAAUGGUCUGGAGAUAUGCUCACAAACAUGCCCAGUGUGAUUGCGAGCUACGGACCAAUCAGUCCAUUAGUGCAAAUCGGAAGAGGAGUCGUCGACCUCUUCUGGAUGCCAGUUUCCGAGUUUCGCAAGAACGAUGGAAAUGUCAUAAAGGGAGUCCAACGGGGCGUUGGCUCCUUCAGUGUAUCCUCAGCUGCUGGAAUAGUCGGCAUGGCACAAACUGUAACUGGUUUUGUUCAGAGUCUCGCAGAAAUUACAAUGAACGAAAUCAAGCCCGAUGACCCGUCGAACAGAAGAUCAAGACGCUACAACAGAAACCACGGAACAAAUCCUACUGAUGUUCGUCACAGUUUGCAACUGGCUUAUGGUAUUCUGUAUGAUGGCUACCAACAAACCCGCGACGAUCUGGAACUAGCUGCCCAGGAAGACCGAGCAUCUGGCAACUCGGUUGUCCGAAGCGCAUUCCGCUACGCGGUACCAACGUUCCUGGGACCAAUCGUCAUGGCGACUCAAGUCACCUAUCAACUUCUAGGUGGUCUUCGAAACCAACUCCGGCCCGACACCUACCAGGAUGAACGGCGGAAAUGGGGAGAGAAGGAUGUCCCCGGAGGAGUCAAUAAUUAA